AUGCCGAAACGGAAAAGAGAGCCGAGUCUCGAAGACAGACUCGCACAAUGGCGCAAGGAUCUCGUGCGCGGCCUCAAGACAGCCAAGGGCUUCGAGCGCCAGCGCCUCAGCAAGCGCCUGCGCGACGCCGACGCUGAGAAGACGGCGCGGUUGGAGAGGGAGAUCGCUGUGCUGAAGAGUCUUGACCUCCCCCAAGCGGCGCACGCCAUACUAUGCUCCUCGCUGCUCAGGAUCAAGGGCAUGGCCGAGGCGCCCAAGCUGCCCGCCGACAUCAAGCAGGUCCCCAAACCCGACCUGUCCGAGGAGGAAAAGACGGCGCUACAUAACGUCACGAGCGCGCUGUGCAACCGCAAGCAUGUCAAGGACGUGAUCGAGGAGGCGGUCAUGGGGACAUGUAUUGCGCUGCGCGUGCCGAUGCCCGACAAGAAGGGCAAGGGCAAGGGGAAAGAUAAGGAGAAGGAGAAGAAGAGCGAUACCGCCAAGAACGAGAAGGUGGAGCAAGCUGACGAUGAGGAUAUGGAUGUGGACGGUGUUGAGCCAGACGAUCAAGGCGAGGACGAGGAAGAUGCAGGGGAAGACUCAGAGCUUGACGGAAUGAAGCUGCUGAAGCGGAUACGCGAGAGGGCAAAGGGCGACAGCGAUCUCGAAGACGACGAAGGCUCAGACGUGCCUUGGAGCCCGCAGUUUGAAGGGUUCUCCGACAGCGAGGCCGAGGAGCGCGCGUUCUCGCGGUACGACAAUCUCGUUGGUGAACUAAGCGACGAGGACGAAGAGGAAUCAGACGAGGAAGGGGGCAGCGACGACGAAGAAGACCUCGAAGACAGCCGAGCGAGGUCGAUCCGAAAAGCCGCAGCAGAUGACAUAUCACUCUCACCCAACGACUCAGAGCAGUCCUCGGAGUCGGAAUCAGAAGACGAAGCCCUAGCCCCGCCUCCCAAAAAGGCGCGGAUGAGAGCCGUGAACGCAGCCCCAGUCACCGGCGACAGGUCUGCCUUCCUGCCCACGCUGAUGGGGGGCUACAUAUCGGGCUCCGAGUCCGCGUCCGACGUCGACGUCGCGCCGCCCAUGAAGAAGAACAGGCGGGGCCAGCGGGCGCGGCAGGCCAUCUGGGACAAGAAGUACGGCGAGAAAGCGAAGCACCACCAGAAGGAGAAGCCCAGCAGGGACCAGGGCUGGGAUAUGAAACGCGGCGCCGUGGGCGACGACGACGGCGGCGCGAGACCCUGGAAGAAGGGCAUUCGGAAUCCGUUCGAGAAGUCGCAGGUCCAUCCUGAGCGGCAGAGGCAGAUGCAGGGUGGCGAACAGACCGGCGGUAGUAGGGAGCAGCAGGGUGGAUACCAGGGCGGGGAGCAGGGCAGAGGAGAGGGCAGAGAUGAUAGGGCGAAGGCGAAACCGAAGCCUAAGCCACCUACGCGAGACGAUACGGGCCCGCUGCAUCCCAGUUGGGCGGCUGCUAAGAAGGCGAAGGAGGAGAACCAGAAGGUGGAGUUUCAGGGCAAGAAGGUUGUUUUUGACUAG